AACAAAAGGGGGAGGGUGAAUUGAAUAUUUGCCCCAGCAUGCUCCGAAAGCGUCCUUCCACGCGCAGUUGUUACUGGAGCGUACGCAGCACUCACGUGACAACAUUCAUAUCGCAGCUAUGGGAUGGUACAUAUUGCGAAGAGUUGCAGAUCUUUGUGGCAAUCUGACUGCUCCCUCAAGCCACGUACACAGACACUCCGUCUGUCUGCGCUCGGAUAAAAGCGCAGCGUUAUGCCUCGCGAUCGCUACAAGACGCUCUCGAACGGCACACCAACGGAAGCGCGCGCGAUUCCCAAACCCUUCGGGGCGGCCGCCCACCAACGACGCCUUCGCGACAUCACCGUCCGGAUAACGCGGAGUCGCACGCUUAAGAGACCGAGCCCCCGGGAGGAGGAGGACGACGACGAGGCCCCUAUAGUCGCCGAGGAGCACAACUGCCGCCAUCCUUCUUCGUUGGCUUCGUCACCUUCAAAUUCAUCUCCGAGGUCUCGCGGAUCUCGGUACGAUCCGUCCUCGGACAUCGAGCCCUCGCCGUCGUGGACACCCAAGGGUUGCCUCGCCUUCGUCGACUCGAGCACCGAGCUCGAAAACGAGAGACGACACGAAAGGGCAGUCGCGCCACCGGAAGACUUCCCGUUUUAUCCGGCAAGCCCGCAAGGAGCCGCCGCCUCAGCGCCGUCGGCAGGCGACCUCGAAGCAGACCAGGCGCGAGGCGGCAGCCCGCCCGAGACUCCUCCUUCCGACUACUCCCACGUGACCGCGUCGAGCGGCAGACCCGCCUGCCGCAUCUGCCACGAAGGGGACCGAGAGGAACCACUCGUGUCUCUCUGCAAGUGCUCGGGCGUCGAUGGCCUCCGACACGCCUCGUGUCUGGAGCGUUGGAUGAACGCCCGGAACGCGGAUGAACUCUGCGAGGUAUGUCAACAUCGCUUUCAGACCGGUGCGGUCGAGUCGAGUUCCGCCCGGCUCUUCUACCGCUGGGUCCUGUUCGGCGAGCCGCAGAUCCAGAGGGCGUUGCUGAGCGACCUUCUCUUGUUCGCCCUCCUGACUCCGGUCGCCGCGGUGAGCUGCCUGCUCUGCGUGCGCGGCGCUUCGAAGCGGGCGCUGCGCGGCGACGUCGCGGAGGCGGCGGGCCUGGUCGCGCUGGCCGUCCUCGUGGUCGCGGCCUGGGUGGGCUGGUCGUCUUUCGCGGUGCGCGUCCACUGCCGCACGUUCGCGGCGUGGAAGACGAGGCGCGACCCGAUGCGGCGCGAGGUCGUGACGUCGCCUUCGCAACGGGGAACGACCGGGCCCCACCGCAAGACGUCGGCGCGAGCGACGAGACCCCGAGAGCUCGUAGACGUCGCCGCCGGAAGCAUGGACGUGGAGACGGCGGCCACGUCGACGCAGCGACGAGAUGGUGGCGGCGAUGGCGACGUCACUCAAGCGCUGUUCGAAACGUCGCCGAACGCGUUGGACCCGCCUUCCGAAUUACAGCAGCAGCAGUCCGUUGGUCCUGCCCGUCUGCAUUCUUCGCGUUCUGGCUGCAUUGUGUGAACUGUUGUUCCACCUAACCUGGUUCACUUUUUAAUGUUUUAAUCAUUUAUGUUCAAGUAACGUUCUUAUUCCUUCUCGUUAUGGCGUUCUAAUUCAUGUUUUGAAGGAUAUGUUAUGAACACUAUGCAAUCCGAUUUCGUCGGUUUUAACAUGAUUUUACGUUGUUUUACUGUCUUUAUAUAUCUUGUUUUAACGCGCUGUCUUACUCAGAUUUCGUGCGAAUAAAGGCGCGAUUCGUCUGCAUGCCUUUCGAAAUAAAUACGUCGACCCUUCUCUGGUGGCUUGCACUGCGCAGUAAAA